GUUCUGUCAGGAAGGGCGUUACGCGAGUUCAGAACCGGCGUCAUCGAACGCGCAUCGUGCUCUAGUGAUAACUCAAAUUCGAUAAGUGAUAAGCAUCGGGCUUAUCACCACUCCGUUGUGCCAUCGUAAUAUUUAAGUUCGAUCGUAUCGGGGUUUAAAAAGUGUCUCCGUUUUUUCGCCAACCUUUGAAAAUGUUCCGAUGUCUCGUUAUCAGUGCUUUGGAGAAUUUGUGAAGUGAAAGUGUACUGCGGAGUGUUGGAAGCUGAGUGAUGAGUGGUCGCCGAAGAAAUCAGUGCCAAAAAUUGUCCCGAUUAUUGAAUUUUACCGGUGGUGUGUGUUUAAGUUAAUCUGCAUAACCUCAAUGUUCCUCGGAUUACUAUACGCAGCAGCGCCUGCGCUACUAAUUCACAGCUUAGACUUAUAGAGUUACCCUUCGGAUGAUACUCCUCGUUUGAGUCUGCGAGUUAUCAUUUGAAAAUGGGGACGAGCGGCAGUAAAUUGAAGAAGAAGAACCGGAGCCAAAGCAUUGCAUGGAGCUGCCGGUUCCCUUCAUUGAGUUCGCUAUCGCGGCGGAAAAUGACGUCCAGUCCUCAUCUUGAGAUCUCACAGUGGCUUAACAUCCUUGAACUGGGAAAGUAUCAAAAGUUGUUUGACAAGCAUCAAGGAAUUGAGAGUAUUCUUGACUACACGGAGGCUGACUUGAAGCAGUUGGGUGUAAAAAAUGCAACGCAUCGUGCCAGGAUGGUGGCCAGUCUGGUCGCGCUUAGUACCAAAUAUAAUGAAAAUGCGGAGGAAAAGCCGCGGUCCAGGGUGAAAGAGAAGUCGCACCGGCACAGCGUCGCGGUCGACACGAGCAGGCGGCUCAACCGGGAUGAUUCCAUAUCGGACAUUUUGGCUGUGAGCAACGUUUUGCAGAGUAAAAGUCUUUACAACAUCAAAAUGGAGGCUGUCAAUGAUCCUUUGGCGGAUCCGGCCCAACUUAAGAAGGCGCUUGAGUGGGAGUUAAGUCUUGACAAUCGAGACCUUCGCUCUCAUGCAUGGUACCAUGGAGCUAUUCCUCGUACCAGAGCUGAAGAGAUAGUGUCGGAUAAUGAUGGGGAUUUCCUCGUCAGAGACUGUGCAUCACAGCCGGGGAACUAUGUGCUAAGUUGCAGAAGUCGCGGCCAAAGUCUUCACUUUGUAAUAAAUAAGGUCGUCUUACAACCAGACACAGUUUACGAGAGAGUUCAAUACCAAUUUGAAGAUGAUGCUUACGAUACAGUGCCAGAUUUGAUCACUUACUAUGUCGGAAGUGGUAAACCCAUUUCUGUAGCAUCGGGUGCGAAAAUCACUACCCCUCGAAACAGGCUCUUUCCUCUUUCAUUCUAUGCCACCAAGUACAAUCUAUUCCAGCAAACUGCUCACUGUCAAAUUCAAAGCCAAUAUCCUUCACAAAACAACAUAACAGGCUCGAUGAACCUUAGCACUUAUAAUUCCUAUAAAAGUCCUGUUCACUCACCACCAAGAACGCGUAAAGAUACGCCACCAUGCUUGCCAUUCAAGAAGCAGCACCUCACUCAGUCUCUUUUGUCUGCAGACAAUAUUAGCAACUGCUCUUUGUCUCGUCAAAACUCUCUAGAUAUUACAGAUGGAAUGAAAUUGAUCAAUUUAAAUAAUUCAGAAUCAUGGAACAACAGAUUUUCUUCUCAGUCUCUACCUCGAAGUAAAAUACUGAAUCCUGACAUGAGCAUUUCAGGGAUUUUAACAGUGCCGAGAAAUGGUAAAAUAACAAGAGUUACCAGCGACCCUGCUCUUAGCCCUUGUUUUGAGAGGAAAAAUUUCUUCUGCAGUGAUGAAAAUCCCGGUGAGAUACCUCCACCGAAACCUAGUCGUAUUCCAUCUCUUUUACACUCUAUCUCCAAAGAAAGCUCAAAUUGUGAUAAUGAUAAUAUUAGUUUAACAGAUAUAAAUCACGCAAACACUUUGAAAAGGUUAUCUUACCACACAUCUGAAAGUGAUUCUGGCAAUGGCUCUGGAGAUUCAGUCCAGAGUUCAGCAAACGGAGACAGUUCAGAAUCAACAACUCCUGUUUCAACGCUACCUUUAAACAGGCCUGGUGUUGUUAUAAAAAAUCCUCAUUAUCAUACCAAAGCGAUUCCAUCGUCUUGUUCUUCAACUACUUUAAAAGCUUUUGACAUGGCUUUAGAUGAUUCCUCAUUAGAACUAGAGAACAUUAAUGUGGACUUCCCAUCUCUAUACGACAUAGAAAAUUUUCACACUCUCUUAUUACCAUCUAUUGAAAAUAAACCUUUGGAUAGUACCGCUCUUCAAGUUGUCAGAGGAAUACUUCACGAAACAGGCUCAAGGAUUUUGGCAAAUCACUUGACAAGGGUUGAUAUGGAACUAGUUCUUCGAACAUACAGUAAUUCUUCAGAGGAUAAAAACUACGACUUUGGUAACGUUUCUGGAAUAGAAUUAUGUUGUCUUCCUCAUGGUCAUCAACUUCGUUUGGAUUUAAUUGAAAGGAUUCAGUGCAUAAAGCUGUUUGUAGCCGUGACAAUACUGACAAGCACAAAUGAAUCGGAGCGAGCUGAGGCUUUGAAUAAAUGGAUCCAGGUGGCAAUCGACAGCAAAACAGCUUUAGGCAAUCUAUAUGGAUUUUCCUCCGUCAUGCUGGGUCUGUGCAUGCCUCAAAUUCAGCGGCUGAACACAACAUGGCAUAUUCUACGCCAGAAAUUCACAGAUAGCGCUUUUAAUUUUGAGGCUAAAUUGAGGCCAACUUUAAAAAACAUGAAUGAGUGCUCCAAUCCACAAGCACCGAACACAACAAUUCCUCACAUUCUACCAAUAUUACUCCUUCAGGAGAAGACUGCUGACGAAAUUUUAGAUGACACUUUUUCGGAAAAUAACAAUCUAAUAUCAACAUGUAUCAAUUCAUGGGAAACAUCUGCUGAUCUCGGCUUGGGUACAUUCUUCGCCCACCUUGAAUUUUCAAGAAAAUUUGGAUCCUGUGCAGCGUCUUUCAAGAGGAACUCCGAAAUUGUUUUAGGGGAUUCCAAAAUUGACGACCUGCUUCUGGAUAUGUUCCGUACAGAAUUCUACUUGAAAUUCCUAUGGGGUAGUCGGGGAGCGGCAGCUUCGUAUGGUGAUAGGCACUCCAAAUUUGAGCAAGUAUUGACAGUUAUGUCAGAAAAGUGUGAACCACCAACACAAAAUUGUUUACCUUCACAGCAUGUCAAUGUAAACAUACCGAUCGGCACAAGUGUUUAA